UCGAUCAUGUGGUUCCGGAGCCGGGCGUUAGUCUGAUCGCUGCCUUUAACCAGUGGAGGGAGUGGGCCGACCACAAGUCCUGCUGUGAUUACUCUCUCCAUGUGGACAUCACGGAGUGGCACAAGGGCAUGCAGGAGGAGGUCGAGGCGCUGGUCAAAGAUCACGGUGUCAACUCUUUCCUGGUCUACUUGGCUUACAAGGAUAUUUUUCAGCUAAAUGACUCCCAGAUGUAUGAAGUGUUCAGUGGGAUCAGGGAUAUGGGAGCCAUCGCCCAGGUGCAUGCAGAGAACGGUGACAUCAUUGCUGAGGAGCAGAAGAGGAUUCUGGGAUUGGGUAUCACUGGUCCAGAGGGACACGUUCUGAGCCGCCCAGAGGAGGUGGAGGCCGAGGCCAUCAACCGGGCUGUGACCAUCGCCAACCAGACCAACUGCCCGCUCUACAUCACCAAAGUGAUGAGCAAGAGUGCCGCUGAUGUCAUCGCCCAGGCUAGGAAAAAAGGGACCGUGGUGUACGGAGAGCCCAUCUCAGCCAGCCUGGGCACAGACGGCACUCACUACUGGAGCAAGAACUGGGCCAAAGCUGCAGCCUACAUCACAUCUCCACCCCUGAGCCCCGACCCCACCACCCCGGACUAUCUCAACUCCCUGCUGGCCUGUGGUGAUCUGCAGGUGACUGGCAGUGCCCACUGCACCUUCAACACCUCUCAAAGGGCCGUCGGCAAGGAUAACUUCACCCUCAUCCCGGAGGGAACCAACGGCACUGAGGAGAGAAUGUCCAUCAUCUGGGAUAAGUGUGUGGUGACAGGGAAGAUGGAUGAAAACCAGUUUGUGUCUGUGACGAGCACCAACGCUGCCAAGAUCUUUAACCUGUACCCACGCAAGGGCCGUAUCGCCGUGGGCUCUGAUGCCGAUCUGGUGCUCUGGGACCCCGACACCACCAAAAUCAUCUCCGCUAAGAGUCACCACCUGGCGGUGGAAUACAACAUCUUUGAGGGGAUUGAGGUGCGUGGAGCUCCUCUGGUGGUGAUCAGCCAGGGCAAGAUCGUCCUAGAGGACGGAAACCUGCACACCACUGAGGGUUCUGGACGCUACAUCGCCCGUAAACCCUUCCCAGACUACGUCUACAAGAGGAUAAAGGCCCGCAGCAGGCUUGCUGAGCUGCGCGGAGUCCCGCGAGGUCUAUACGACGGCCCUGUGUGUGAGGUCACUGUGACACCUAAGGUCAUGACCCCUGUCACUUCUGGUAAGACUUCUCCAGUCAAAACUGCUCCUCAACCAGUUCGCAACCUGCACCAGUCUGGAUUCAGCCUGUCCG